AUGCGACUCUUAAAAAUAUCCCUUUUAUUGGCGGUGGUGACUCGUGACGUCCUCGCGGUUAAAAAUGGCCACUGUCCGCCUUUGGGACCAGUCCUACCGGCGCCGAGAAGUCCGAGCUCAAACCCGGCAGUCCAGCAAGUAUUGGCAGUACUGAAGGGGGUCCUAGACCAGUACGCCGUGGCACUCUUUGACGGCACGACAGUGUCAAUCGGCGUAAAGUCUAUCCACGAAGAAACACCCUUGGUAGAUAUACACUACCAGUCGCCGGAUCUAGAUCCGCGGGGAACGAAGCAAAUAAAUGCCUCGACCAUCUAUCGAGUUGGAAGUGUGUCCAAGCUGUUUACGGUGCUGGCGGCCCUCAAGACCGAGGGUAUCCGAAUGGAAGACCCUAUCACCAAGUACUUACCACAACUCAAAGAGCUUAAGAAGCGAGAAGGAAGCACAGGAGAUCAGCUCACUACUGUUGAUUGGGACGAUAUUACACUUCAAGCUCUAGCAUCACACAUGAGUGGAAUUGGACCGGACUUUGUAACCGACAUGACAAGCCUCGAGGCUGAUUGGACAAAACUUGGACUCCCUCAAGCUCGUGAAACUCUUGGAUGCCGUGGUUUCCAAGGCGUUGCUCCUUGUAAUGAAGAAGAUUUCUGGGAAAAUUUUGGGAAACGGGAUCCCACUUUUGCGCCAUACACUACCCCUAUGUAUUCAAACACGGCAUUCUACCUGCUCAGCUUGGUCAUCGAGUCGGUAUCCGGGCUGCCUUUCAACGACUUCGUUCAGAAGAACGUCGUAGAUCUUGUUGGCAUGACAAGAACCUCGUUGGCGAAGCCGGAUGAUAAGCUCGGUGUUAUCUGCUUAAAUGACACAACAUGGGACGAUAUUCUGGGAAUCGACGAUCCGGCUGGGGGAUUCUACUCAAAUACGGAGGACCUCCUCCAAUUUGGCGAAGCAAUACUAACUUACAAGCUUCUCUCACCAUCGCAAACCCGCCGGUGGUUAAAACCCGUGACACUCACUUCCUCGUCGGGUCUCUUCAUCGGCGCACCAUGGGAGAUCGCGCGCGGCGACAAGCUUACCUCAGACCAACGUCCAAUAGACGUAUAUAGCAAGGCAGGUGACCUCGGUUCGCACCAUGCGAUGUUUAGUCUGAUUCCGGACUACGACCUCGUCGUAAGCGUGCUUAUUGCCGGGUCUCAGGCUGGUACUGGAACCGCGCAGAUCAUAAGCUCUCUUAUAACGCAGCUAUUACUCCCGGCUAUCGAAGACGCCGGCAAGGAAGAUGCUUUGUCCCGGUUUGCGGGUACUUACCGGGACGAGCAGAGCGACUCUAGCAUUACGCUGGUUGUUGAUGAUGUUGGGCCAGGGCUUAGCGUUGCUGAUUGGAUAGUCCGUGGCGAGGACGUGCGUGGGCAUUGGCUUCGCUAUCUUACCUCUCCAACUGACGAUACUGGGGGAAUACACGUGUCAAUGCGCUUGUAUCCAUCCGGCCUGAGCAUUGGCUCGAGGACGGCGUGGCGGGCGGUAGCUCAGCUCGCAAUACCAGAGCAGCUUACUCAGAUGGAGGCGCUCUUGUUCUGGCCGCAGAGCAGUUGUCUGACUUGGGCUUUGAUGGAUAGAGCCGUGUACCAAUUCGGUGCGCUCGAUGAGAUUGUUUUUAACUUGGUUGAUGUAGAUGUAGGAAGUACUGCCGUGAGCGUUGAUUUGGUUGGGUUUCGGGCGACAUUGCAGAAGACUACAUGGUAUCCAGAGCAAGUGUGCCUGAACUUGAUGAUAAUGAGCUGGAUUUUCGAUCAUAGUUUGUCUAAUCUAUGUAAGAUUUUGUAA